AUGGCAGGCGAAUUUAAUGAUCUUGACGUGAGACCUGUUCCAGGUACCGUUCAUCUAGUGGACCUGGACCACAGCAUGCGCGCUCGCCAUGCUGAAGAUGGAGAUAUUGUUCUGGACCCUGCACCCUCGAGCGACCCGAAUGACCCGCUCAAUUGGUCUCCACGCCGUAAAGUCAUGUCCACUAUAUGUAUCAACCUAUAUACGUGGAUGACUGGUAUCGCGGUAUCAACAGUAUAUUCUGUAUUAGUGCCGCUUUCAAAGGCCUCUGGAGUCUCCGUGUCAACCCUAAAUGAAGGCACAGGUUAUAUGUUUCUGUUUCUUGGGUGGGGACUCCUCUUCUGGCAGCCGUUUGCUUUGCGAUAUGGAAAACGACUCACUUUUCUGAUAUCUGUUUUGGGAGCUAUUGGUACCAGCAUCUGGAGCGCCCACGUCAAGAGCAAUGGCGAAUGGAUCGCUCGAUGCAUCGUAACAGGCUUCUUCGUCGCCCCCGUAGAAGCCCUCCCUGAGAUCUCAGUAACUGACGUAUACUUCACCCACCAACGCGGGCUCUACAUGGGCUACUACGCCCUCUCACUCGCGGGCAGCAACUACUUCGCUCCAAUCAUCAGCGGAUUUAUCUCUGAAGGCCAAGGCUGGCAAUGGGUCUUCUACUGGCCCGCCAUUUUCCUCGGCUGCACCCUCAUAUUCCUCUUCUUCUGCCUGGAAGAAUCAAACUACGUCCGUAAAGUCGACGGGGUACCCAUCCAAAUACCUAGCUCACAACCACCUCAAAAAGGUGUACCCGACGAAGAAAAAGUCGAAGCAGCAACCAGACAAACGACGGGAAGCGACGAAAUCGGAACCUCUUCAAAGACAUAUAUCCAGAAACUCUCCCUCUGGCAGCCGUCCCCAGGCACUAACGUCUUCGAGCGCGCAAAACGCAGCCUACUAUACCUCACCUGGCCCCUGAUUUUCUACUCCGGAUUCAGCUACGGCUCCUACCUCAUCUGGUUCAACGUCCUCAACGCCACGACCUCCAUCAUCCUCGGAGGCCCAGGCUACAACUUCAAGCCCUCAAUGGUCGGUCUCAGCUACGUUUCGUGCUGCAUCGGGGUGAUCGUUGGCGUCUUUUUCUCCGGCCGAUUCAGCGAUUGGCUGACUAUCAAACUCGCGCGGAAGAAUAACGGUAUCAUGGAAGCGGAGCACAGGCUCUGGCCUUUUGUGCUCUGUCUGGUCAUGGUACCUGCUUCCCUGAUCCUGUGGGGCGUCGGCGCUGCACAUGGGGUGCACUGGUCUGGACUCAUGGUCGCAAUGGCAUGUCUGGCUUUCUCGUCGACGAUUGGAGUCACGCUCAGUGUUAACUACAUGGUCGAUAGUUAUCAUGAUAUCAGCGGGGAUGCUAUUGUUUCGGUUAUUCUCGUCCGAAAUACCAUGUCGUUUGCGAUUAGUUAUGGUAUCACACCGUGGUUGAGAACCCUCGGAUACCAGAACUGCUUCAUCUCUGCUGCUUUCAUCGGAAUGGCUGCUUCGUCAAUAUUCCUGGUCGCGAUAAAAUAUGGCAAGGCCAUGCGAACCAAGAGUAGCAGUAAAUACUACAGCAUUGUUAAUGCUGAGAAGGCUUCGUUCUGA